CUGUUGAACCGAGCUCUACUAGUGUCAAAACUGUACAUUCACCAUGGCUGAUGUUAAACAAGCUUACAAGAAAUUUAGCGCUGAUGAUGACUUCCCUGAUCUAUCGAAGCAUAAUAACUGGAUGGCAAAAUGCUUAACGAAGGACAUCUACAAAAAACUGCGCGACAAAGCAACUAAGAAUGGAUUUACACUUGAUGAUAUCAUCCAGACUGGAGUAGACAAUCCAGGACAUCCAUUCAUUAUGACUGUUGGUUGCGUGGCUGGCGAUGAGGAAUCGUACGAUGUUUUUGGUGAUCUUUUGGACCCAGUAAUCGAAGCCCGCCAUGGUGGUUACAAGAAAACGGACAAACACAAGACAGAUUUAAACCCAGAAAACCUUAAAGGCGGAGAUGAUCUUGAUUCAAACUACGUGUUGUCUUCACGUGUAAGAACUGGACGCUCCAUUCGUGGUUACUGUCUUCCUCCUCACUGCUCAAGAGCUGAGAGAAGAGCAGUUGAAAAAAUCACAGUUGACGCUCUUGAAAAACUCGAUGGGGAAUUCAAGGGAAAAUACUACCCAUUGAACAAGAUGACAGAGAAAGAACAAGAUCAGCUCAUUGAAGAUCACUUUCUAUUUGACAAGCCCGUUUCUCCCUUGCUCACAUGUGCUGGGAUGGCCCGCGACUGGCCCGAUGCCCGAGGAAUUUGGCACAACGAGAAGAAAAACUUUCUGGUGUGGGUAAACGAAGAAGAUCAUACUCGAGUCAUCAGCAUGCAAAAAGGUGGCAACAUUCGUGAGGUGUUUACACGCUUCUGCAAUGGUCUUAACAAAGUGGAGUCACUGAUCAAAGAAGCAGGCCACUCCUUCAUGUGGAAUGACCAUCUUGGCUUCGUCUUGACUUGUCCAUCAAACCUUGGGACUGGCCUUCGUGCAGGAGUUCAUCUAAAGAUCCCUAAUCUUGGUAAAGAUGAAAAGAAGCUAGAUUCCAUUCUAGAGAAACUGCGCUUACAAAAGCGAGGUACAGGAGGAGUCGACACUGCAUCUGUGGGAGGAACCUAUGACAUCUCCAAUGCAGACAGACUGGGUUUCUCGGAAGUAGAGCUCGUCCAGGCCAUGGUUGAUGGCGUUGGGUUGUUGAUUCAGAUGGAGAAGAAGCUUGAGAAAGGAGAGAGCAUCGAUGACUUGAUUCCUAAGUAAAGGAGCUCACCCACGACACCUUUUUAUAUCAUUUGUAAUUAAAAGCAUGGCCUUUCACUGGAAUUGACAAACUGUAAAACUAACAUUUUGCAUAAAAUUCAGAAUAAAUCGGACUUGUAAACAAA